AUGCGCAUCGUCAGCGACGGUUUGGUGACGGAUGUCUCGGGGGACCACGGGCGACGUGUUGAGGCGUCGAUUGAUCUUUCUCCUGGUGAUCUGGUGCUUCGAGUCUCACCUUACGCUGCUGUGCUUUUGCCGGAGCUCUGGGGCUCGCAUUGCCACAAGUGUUUUGACUCAAAGAUACGUCUUAGUCGCUGUAGUCGCUGCCAGACCGCGUUCUAUUGCUCUACAACCUGUCAACUAAAAGACUGGCAAGAAAACCAUCGUAGAGAAUGUCAAAAUCUGAAACAAUUGGCACAGCUUGGAUUACGAAGUGAUCAAGUGAUGGAUGUGGUCUUAGUAGGGCGUGUAUUAAGACGCAGCAAUGGAGAAACACUGGAAUCGACAAAGCUAGUGUGGUACACCCAAGACAUGGAAGACCACGAGCUGAUGUUAUUGGCUGCUUUGGCCCAAAAACUUGAAUUUGUAAAUCGUGAAUUGUUUACCAUGGACGAGAUCGUGCGAAUGUUGAGUCGAUUUCGCAAUAAUAAUUUUUCCAUUUGCGACGAAUUAUUGCUGGAAUUGGGUGCAGGCUGUUAUUUAUUGGGGGCAAUGAUUAAUCAUAGCUGCAAUCCCAAUUGUAUUGUCACAUUUGUUCCCAAGACUCUUGAUAUGGAGAUUCGAGCAAUGAAACCAAUCAAAUCGGGUGAAGAAAUCACGCAAACGUAUGUUGACAUUGCGCUGCCACGCCGUAUGAGGCAACAGCGACUACAGAGGAAGUAUCAUUUCUGCUGUGAAUGUACUCGUUGCUUACAACCUCUUAAAGAUCCUCAAAGUCUGGAUGCUUUCCUCGAUGCGGACAUUGAUGGCGUCCCACAAAAGCUAUGGACGGAGAAACGCCAGGAUGAAGUGGAGCAGGCACUAAAGGAAGCCAGUUGUGUCACUAUUCGUGCUGCCAAAGAGGCGAACCUUUCUGCACAACAACAACAACAAUGCAUUGACGCACUGGCGAAACUGGCUGAACAUCAGAAUAGUAUUCUCCACCGUGACAGUAUAGCGCGGCUGCAGACGCUUUCUGCGCUCUUUAGUGCUGCAAUGGAGCGUGGAAGUAUAGACGAAGCGAGUACGUACGGAGAGCGCAUACUGGAAUUUUACAAGCGCGUUUACAAUUCAAACCACCCGGUGACCGGACUUCAUCUGUUUACCCUUGGUGAUCUCUAUGAUCAACUGACACAAACUGGAUCUGGAGGCGUUAAUUGCAAGGCAAAGUCAUUGGAGUACCUGGCAGAGGCGCAGCGUAUUCUUCGAAUCACGCAUGGCAAACACCACCGUUUUGUAAAGAUGCUCGCAGAUAGAUUAGAGACGUCAUCACCGCGAUAA